UCAAGCAGACGUUAGUUAAACGUUUGUAAGAGUAUAUAAAUACCCGUCAAAUUAUUAAUGACCGAGUACUUAACAUUAACACCUAUCUAACUUAACGGCUACUUGCCCAAAGACACUCAGCACAUUCACUAUACUAACGCUAACACUUUCUCCAUAUACUUAUCGCAGUGUUACAACUGAUCCACAUCCUUCACUGCUGAGUUCAUGUCAUCUGAACCAUAUUUGAUAUUUCAGACGCCACGUGAGGGUGCCAUGUUGUGUGACGUGUACGGAGAAAACGAAACUUACUGAGGGUGAGGCUGCAUUAAAACAGCCCGCUGGUACGUGGAAGUAGAGCUGAGAUGAAAACGAAGAAGAGCCAUCGUUAGUUAGUAUUGUGAGGUUUAUUCUUUGCUGUGUUGAGAGGGGACGUUGUGACGGUUGAGUUAUGUAUAAUGGCCGUAGCUAAACUCAACGAGUACACACAGAGAGAGCGCUUAGACCUGAGGUAUGAGGACGUUCGGGCUGUUGGCCUGGAUCACAUUAAGACAUUUACCGUGAGAGCAGUGGUGGGUGGUAAGGCGUAUCCUGAAGGUGAGGGGAAGAACAAGAAGGAAGCCAAACUGAAUGCAGCUGCAAACGUCCUGAGUGUCCUGUUGGGGGAAACAAUAGACUCUACAGAAAAUGCAACAGAAGCUUCAACUGCACCAACUCAUCAGACAGCUUUCACUCAAGCCAACUAUACAUGUUGGCUCAAUGAACAUGGUCACAAGAGCAGGGUGACUAUACGGGCUCUGGAGUCAACCAGACUGGGACUAAAUAGUACUACUCCAUGCUGUAGCUUCGUGGUUGGUGAUAAGGAGUUUCCAGCUGCCACUGGGAAAACAAAGAAGGAAGCUAAGGAGGAAGCAGCCAAGCUUGUGUAUCUCGAGAUAUGUGGGAGUAAAACUACAGAGACUGGAGAGGAGAAGAGCCGUGACACAUCAAGCCAACAAAACGAAGAAUUGAAUCAAAAUGCGUCGGACAUCUGUGAUAAGAUGAAGAGCUUGAGUGCGAUCACCAAAGACAAAGGUUUUACGGAGACAAAUUUCAUAGCAGUCGUCGACCACUACUGUCACAAAACAAAGCGCUCCCAUGACUACAUCUUAGAGCGAAGAUGCGGUCCAGAUCAUAGCCCUCAGUUCUUCUACAAACUAGCGAUCGACAACAAGGACUACCCUUCGGGUGAGGGCAAGAACGUCAAGGAAGCCAAACAAAAUGCAGCUCGGCUGGCCUGGUCUGCUCUUAAAGAACAGCCAGACUGGGACACCAAGGUGUCUCUUUGGUCAGCUGUGUCUGAUGAUGGUCUGUCCACGCCACCAAUCACACCGGAGUCCCACGGUGCAAAAUCUAAAAGGGUGCCAAUGGCUGCAAGUGACUCGGCUGUUUUCACCAAUUCAUCAAAUCCUCCUGAGGAUCAGAUUAAAAGUCCUGAUGUGAAGCCCAAAAUAAGAAUCGCAGCAAAUUUCCAAAAUGCCCCCAGAAACAGCAAAGAGGAUAUAAUGCCCAAUUUCAAAGGCAAGAAUCCAGGAAGUAGUCCAAGUAAGAAGACAACAACCCAGAUAUCAAGGUUUACAUCUGAAUUUGACUCCAUAGUGUGUCUCGGCAAAGGAACCUUUGGUCGUGUUUUCAAGGCAAAUCAAAAACUGCUGAAGAAGAAUUAUGCUAUAAAGAUUGUCCGUUGCAAAGAGAUCAAAAAAGCUCUACGAGAGGUGUUGGCAUUAUCAGACCUCCAUCACUGCAAUAUUGUUCGAUACUACACAUGUUGGUUGGAGGAUUCAGGAUACCAAUGGGACAGUGUAGAUGACAGUUCCAGCCAGUCGUCUGUUAAGUACCUGCAUAUUCAGAUGGAGUUGUGUAACACCAACACUCUUAGAGUGUGGAUAGACGAGAAGAACACUCAGAAUGUGAAGAAAUCUCUGCGAGACUCCAAGAGAAGAGAACAAAGUCUCACUAUUGCUCAGCAAAUAGUGAGUGCAGUGGAUUACAUUCACUCCAAGAUGCUCAUCCACAGAGACCUGAAGCCUGCCAACAUCUUGUUUGGCCAAGAUGGGGAAGUGAAGAUCGGAGACUUUGGUCUGGUCACUGAGGAAAACAAUGACGACGCUGAGAACCUCCUGGAGAGAACGGUGUUCAAAGGAACCCCAUGUUACAUGGCUCCAGAGCAAAGGAGCAGGAACACUUAUGAUCGAAAAGUGGACAUAUUUGCUCUGGGGUUGAUAUAUUUUGAACUCCUUUGGAACCUCUUUACCGGCCCGGAAAGGAAACUGAUUUUGGAUGAUGCCAGAAUCCAGAAAUUUCCUGAAAACUUUCCACACAAUUUUCCCCUGGAGAUCAAAAUCAUUAAGUCGAUGCUGUCUGAAAAGCCAGAAGACCGACCCGAAGCAAGUAAACUAAAGAUGGACUUGGAAGAGUGCUCUCAAACACUUACAAUGCUUAAAGAUAUGCGACGCAACAGUAGGACUUUCUGAUUAUUACAAGGAAAUACUUAAACAGCAGGCAAAAGCAUCAGUCAUCACAUGCAUGACUAUUAAGUCAGCAUUAUGUUCCAUAAUACCUUUAUUUGCAAGGUUUUUAUUGCUAAGGGGAGUGUACCUUUAACCAUUUUCAUGAUCUGAUGUGACAAAAUGCAUCAUGAUUAUAGGACUGAUGGGCACAUAACCUCGUGCAGUUUAUAAUCGGAGGAUAGGGUUGUUCUGUGUCAAAUCAGAUAAGUGGGUUUGUAUACAUUUUAGAUUUUGUUCAUGUAAAUGCUAUUUGAGACCAAAAUAUUUUCACUGAAUAUUGAGAAUUGCAUAUCUUUUUUAUAGCCAUUUUUAGGGUUCAAUGUCUUCAGAUAUUUAACUCCUAAAGCCGUGAAAUUUGGUAGUGGCACAAACAAAACCAAAUCCACUCACAAGCAGAUCUCAUGUUAUUUUAUUACUGGCCCUUAAAAAUGGAAAAAGUGCAAAAUGGGUAGUUUUGGGACCCCAGGCAGUUCCUUAAAGUACAUAUAAAUGGACAUUUCCAUACUUCCGACUAAUAAUACAGUAUUUUAUUGAUGUUUUGCUAAAUUUCAAAGGCUCUAACAUCAUCAAAUUCGAGAUAUGGCAAGAACGGCGAUGUGGACUCAUUCCUAGGACCAUGAAAAUGUAUGUGCAAAGGGCCAUUUUUCUAUAUAUAUAUAUAU